AUGAAUUUCAACAUUGUUUUGAUAUUGAUUUUUUCCAUAAGUAUUCUCCGAGAAUGCAGUUCUUUUCCUUCUUUUCCUCAUAUUCAAGGAGGACCUAGUGUACCAAAACUUUUUACCAACACAAUUGAAAAUAAAUAUCAUUGGAAAUGCCUGGAUGCAUCCUCCAAUCCAUUAUAUGUAUUAGAUUGUAAUAAGCAACCUUCACAAACUAGUUUCUCCUUAGAAAUUCCACAUCAAAGUUAUUAUAAUUGUGAAAGGCCAAUAAAAAUAUUUGGUCAAGGCAAUACUAUUUUAGGAUGGAAUACAAAAGAUAAUACAUUACAAAUGAUUUCACAAUAUUAUGCUGAGCAUAAUAACACGAAAUGGUGCUUGGCAGAAUCAAAUUAUGAGGGUUCCUUCCUAAUACAUCCUUAUGGUAAACCUAAUAAAUGUCUCUCGGCUCCUCUCAAAGAGGGUGAUCCAAUUGCAGUUAUUUCUUGUAGGGUUAAAAAUGAUGAACAAAUAUUAGGAAUAGCUUGGACUUUUCUAAUAACAAAAACUACAUAA